CUUUAAACAGUUUUUUGACCGUUGCUUUUCCUCUCCCCUCUCCCCCUCUCUCUCUCUCUCAACACACACACUCUCACUCAUUCAGCUUCGAUCAAUCUAGCUAGAAACAACUUUUGCAUUGAGAGAGAGGAAUUUCUUAUGAAUCUGGUGGGAAUUGCGAGAAAGUCGCUUCAUUUUGAUUUGCAUUUCGAUUCAAGCCUGAAAAACUCUUAGAGGGGAUAGAGUGGUUGAGAGAGGGAUAAGUCAAAGCCAAGAGAUGGGAUGUUCUAUAUCGAAGUUGGAUGAUGAAGAGGCGGUCCAGCUUUGUAAAGAUCGGAAGAAAUUCAUUAAACAAGCCGUUGAGCAUAGGAUGAGAUUUGCAUCUGGACACAUUGCUUAUGUCCAAGCCAUGAGAAGAGUCUCUGCUGCACUGCGAGAAUACAUUGAUGUAGAUGGGCCUCGUGAGUUUACUUUGGAUUCAUUUGCAACACCGACAUUCACACCUGUAAAGAAAACAAAUCCCGGUUUCAUCUCCAUAUCACCCAAUUCCUUCUCAGUGGCACCAAUAAAGUCUGAAACAAAAUCGUCUUAUAAAAUAAACUACUACAGGUCAGGCGGGAAUUCUUCUGUUUUGGUCGAGGAGAGACCACCUCAUUCGCCAGAAACUCAUAGAAUAAACUACUACAGGCCUGGCAGGAAUUCUUCUGUUUCGGUUGAGGAGAGACCACCUUAUUCGCCAGACACUCAUAGAGUUGAUGCUUAUCCUCCCGUACAGCAUUUUGGAAUGGACAGCAUGUUUGCAAUGCAGUCCUCUCCCAUGAACCCUUCAUUUUUCCAGUAUUCUCCCAACAAUAGGCCUAACUACCCUCCUCCGUCGCCUCAAACAUCUCAGUGGGAUUUCUUCUGGAAUCCCUUUUCUUCAUUAGAUUACUAUGGGUAUCCCACCAGGGGUGCUCUUGAUCAGGCAAUGUUGGACGAUGAGAAUGCAGGUUUGCAACAAGUCCGCGAGGAGGAAGGCAUACCUGAGUUAGAAGAGGAAACAGAAUAUGAAGAAAUUGAUGAAAGGAUGAGCAGUAAAGAAGAGAAUGUUAAACCCUGCAGCAACUUUGAUAGAGAGCAUGUUGUUGUAGAAGAUGUUAACGAUAGCGAUAGUGACAGUGAUGUUGAAACUGAGACUGAGGAAGAGCAGGAAUCGGAGGAACAUAUGGAAGAACCACCAUCUAAAGAACAUGAAACUGUAGAAGUGGCCAAAGCUCAAAAUAUGCGUCAAUUAAGUAAAAAGGAAACAGCUGUUGCUGAUGGUGAAUCAAAAGAGGAAACACCGGGCUUCACUGUCUAUGUAAAUAGAAGGCCAACAAGUAUGGCAGAAGUUAUAAAGGAUCUUGAAGAUCAAUUCACAGCCGCUUGCAAUGCGGCUAGUCAGGUGUCUUCCAUUUUGGAGGCCAGCAGAGCUCAGCACUCACCAUCAGCCAAUGAUGUGACAGCUAUGAAGCUUUUAAAUCCAGUAGCAUUAUUUAGGUCAGCAUCAUCUCGAUCAUCAUCAUCAAGAUGUUUGGUCAGUGCUUCAACUUCAAGAGAUGAAGGCUACGAAAGCAGCAGUGACUUCUCUGACGAUUCCUGCAUGUUUUCUGGGAGUCACCAGUCGACCUUGGAUCGAUUGUACGCUUGGGAAAAGAAGCUUUACAAUGAAGUUAGGGCUGGUGAGCGUGUUCGUAGAGCUUACGAAAAGAAGUGCAAUCAACUUAGGAAUCAGGACGUGAAAGGCGAUGACCCUAUUUCUGUGGACAAGACAAGGGCUUCCAUAAGAGACCUUGAUACACAGAUAAAAGUUUCAAUACACUCAGUUGAAGCUAUCUCAAAGAGGAUUGAAACUUUACGGGACGAAGAACUGGAGCCUCAGCUCUUAGAAUUAGUGCAAGGGUUAGCAAGGAUGUGGAAGGUGAUGGGAGAGUGCCAUCAACUGCAGAAACGCACCCUCGACGAAGCUAAGAUUCUGUUGGCUGGAACACCUUCAAAGCUGUCGGGAUCACGGAGAUACACGAUAAUGUCACCUUCCGAACCACACAGGAUGGCGCGCUCUGCAGCCAACCUCGAGACAGAGCUGAGGAACUGGAGGUCCAGCUUCGAUACAUGGAUUGUUUCUCAACAAUCCUAUGCGCACGCGCUUAAGGGGUGGCUCCUGCGCUGCGUCCGCUCUGACCCCGACACAACAAAGUUCCCAUUCUCCCCUCGGAGGUCCUUAAACGCCCCGCCUAUGUUCAACAUCUGCAUCCAAUGGUCAAGGUUCCUGGAUGCCGUCCAGGGGGCCCCGGUGCUCGAUGGGAUGGACUUCUUCGCAGCAGGUGUCGGCUCGUUGUACGCACAGCAGCUGAAGGAGGACUCACGUCGCCAGUCUGGUAGUUCAUCGAAGAGGUUUGGAGGGGAAAUGGAGGUGGUGGAGGCAGGGCACUUUGAAGAGGAGGUGGUGACGGCCGAGAAGAUGGCUGAGGUGGCCAUCAGAGUGCUGUGCGCCGGGAUGUCCGUUGCGCUGAGCGCCCUCACGGAGUUCGCUGUCAGCUCAGCGCAAGGAUAUGCUGAUUUGAUCAAGCAAUGGGAGAAUAACAAACAGCAGCAGCAGCCACAAACAAUUCAUGGGUCAGAAAAGUAGAGAGGAAAAAUCAAUGUAAAUCUUGAACUAAUUGUUAACUAAUUAUUUGUAUGGAAAUAGAUUAGUUGCUUGCUUUUUUUAA